UCAUAUUUUUUUUUAUAACUCAAUUGUUGUGAGCUUUUCAACAUGGAGUUUGAUCCAUGUUUCCAAGGGUCACAACAACUUCAAAACCCUUGCUUUAAGCCACAACCUCAAACCACAUAUCCCUCCCAAAAUUCCAUUCUUAUCCCACCAUCACCACUGCCAAUCUUAUUCCAACCCCAUAAUACUUUUCACCAUUUUCAAGAACAAACUAUGACUAUGUCUUCCCACAGCAUUGCCUCAAUGAAGGAAGGUCCUUCUUCCACCAACAUCCCAAUUCCCUUGUAUGGGAAGAUGCCAAGCCUUUCUUUGAGUGAUGGGUCUUUACUAAGAGGAAGUUUUGCUAACAUUCAUAGUCAGCUCCCUGCGAUGCUACCACCAAACCAUAACAAUAAAGAUGUUUUCCAUGACAAUCAUCACAAAGGGAAAGUCAUUUGGGAUUUUUCACAAAAAACCAUGGUUCAUCCAUUUGAAGGUUCUUCAUCCAAUUCACCAUCACCUCUUUUUAAUGAGUAUGAAUUGGUGAUGAGUGAUUAUCAUUGGGACACUGAUCAAAGGAAGAAAAAUGUAAAGGGUAAAAAAGAUACCAACAAUAAUAACAUAAUCAAAGGGCAGUGGACUCCAGAAGAGGAUAGUGCACUUAUGGAAUUGGUGAAUCAAUUCGGGCCGAAGAAAUGGUCGCAAAUUGCAAAGUCAUUAAGUAGCAGAAUUGGGAAGCAGUGUCGGGAAAGAUGGCUUAACCAUCUUCAGCCAAACAUUAAGAAGGACUCAUGGACCGCGGAGGAAGACCUGAUUUUGAUCGAAGCCCAUCAGGAAUUUGGAAACAAAUGGUCAGAGAUUGCAAAGAGAUUGCCUGGUAGGAGUGAGAACACAGUCAAGAACCAUUGGAACACCACCAAGCGGAGCCGAAACUGCAAGAGGCACAAGAAGAACAAGAACGUAACUUAUGAAGCGUCACUGCUCCAUACCUAUGUCAAAAGGGUCACUGCUACUGAAGAAGCUUCAGAAAGGCUCAAGAAAACCCCAAGCCAGAAGAAUAAGGUGAUGACAUGCAAUUGUGAUGAGCUAGCUCUUUUGUUGAGCUGUGAUAACUUCUCACAUGCUGUGUUCAAUGGAAACUAUGUGCCGAUGCAAGUCAAUAAUAAUGAUGGUGGUGGUGGAAACAUUGGCUACGGUGCAAUGGCAAAGGAUUUGAAUCAUUUGAUGGUGGAGAGGGAAAUGAAUAUCGGACAUGUGUAAAUGACUAAAUGGUUAUAUGGGGGACUGCGUGUAGUUUGAUCCAUAUUGUACUUUGUUCCUUUUAUUCCGUGGCGGUGUUCCUUUUGUUGGACUUUAGCUAUGAAAUAGUUUAAGGUAGGA